AUGAUCUCUAUCAGCCUCACCACGUGCUUCCUAUUGGCCUUCACUAUAGUGGCCUUGAUCUUGGUCCUGAUAGAUCAGAGGAGGUCGAAGAAAGCGCUGAAGAAUAAGCUGUACGACGGUGAAGAGUCCCUGACGGAUCCACCCGGACCCAAACCCUGGCCGGUUUUGGGCUCCCUUCAUAUUUUGGGACGCUACGAUGUACCGUACAAAGCCUUCGCCGACCUCGCCAAAACCUACAACAGUCAGGUGGUCAAGCUCCAGUUGGGCUCCGUGCCUUGCGUCGUCGUCAACGGGCUGGAGAAUAUCAAGGAAGUUUUGAUCGCCAAGGGCCAAUACUUCGACUCGAGGCCGAACUUCGUCAGAUAUCAUCUCCUCUUCUGCGGCAACAAAGAGAACUCCCUGGCAUUCUGCAACUGGUCGGACGUCCAGAAGACACGCAGGGAAAUGCUGCGGGCGCACACUUUCCCGCGCGCCUUCACCACGCGGUACAACCAGCUGAACGGCAUCAUCGGCGCCGAGAUGGAUUCCUUGGUUAAUCACCUGGCGGCCACCUCGGGCAGUGCGUUGCACGCGAAGUCGCUGAUUCUGCACACGUGCGCAAACGUCUUUGUCAAGUACUUCUGCUCGCGGCGCUUCGGCCUGGAAUACGCCCCCUUCCGCGAGAUGAUCGAGAACUUCGACAAGGUGUUCUACGAGGUGAACCAGGGCUACGCCGCCGACUUCAUGCCGUUCCUCAUGCCGUUGCACUCGAGAAACAUGUCGAGGAUGGCCAACUGGAGCCACGAGAUCAGGAAAUUCGUGGACACGGACAUCAUCAGCGACCGUUUGUCCGACUGGAAGUCGGUGAUACCCGAGGAAGACUACGUAGACUGCCUGAUCAAUCACGUGAAGACCGACGCCGAGCCGAAAAUGAACUGGGACGUGGCGAUGUUCGCGUUGGAGGAUAUCAUCGGCGGCCAUUCGGCGGUCGGCAACCUCCUCAUCAAGAUCUUGGGCUACUUGGUCACUCGACCGCACGUGCAGAAAAUCGCACAGGCGGAGAUCGAUCGGGUCGAGACUUCGGGAAGGUUCGUCGGCCUGGAGAACAGAGGAAAUAUGCCAUACACGGAAGCCAUCAUUCUCGAGGCGAUCAGGCUGAUUGCAAGCCCGAUCGUGCCGCACGUCGCCAACCAGGAUAGUUCCAUAGCCGGCUACAAGAUCGAGAAAGACACGUUCAUUUUCUUGAACAACUACGACCUGAACAUGUCGGACGAGCUGUGGACUUCCCCGGAGGAGUUCAUGCCGGAGCGAUUCGUGCAGAACGGCAGACUCCAAAAGCCGGAGCACUUCCUGCCUUUCGGCGGCGGCCGGAGGUCCUGCAUGGGCUACAAGAUGGUCCAAUACAUCAGCUUCUCGACGAUAGCCACCCUGCUGAAGAACUUCAACAUACUGCCGGUGGAGAAGGAGAAAUACAAGGUCCCCAUCGGCAAUCUCGCGCUGCCUCAGAGCACCUUCGUCUUUCGUUUCGAGAGCCGGUAG